AUGUCGAGCAUACAGUUUGUGAUACCGAGCGAGGUGAUCGGCAGCUACUGGUCACCUCAGGAUAAGGUAGUGAUCACUGGAGAGUUUGAUGAUUGGAAACAUUCUGAUUACGUGUUGCAGUAUUUAGAGAAUGAAGGUUUCAAAGUAGCAAUACCCAGGAUCAAUGGCCAGGAGAAAGCGAUGUUCAAGUUAGUGAUCAAUGAUAGGGAAUGGAUAACUUUGGCCUAUUUUGAAACGACUGUGGAUGGAUCUGGUCAUACAAACAACGUGUUAAACUACCAAGACUACGAGAUCGACGAGUCGCUUGAUGAUGUUACUAUUGGUAGUGCCAGACAGGAGAGUGAACAGAGACAAUUGCUCAGCUACACGGCUGAAGUCACUACAACACCUUAUGUAUCACCAGAACUUUUAUCACCAGCUCUGGCACCGCAAGUCGCUUUGAAUGACUAUGUCAAUAUCUCUUCUCAUGGAGAAUUGAGUAGUACGGAGGAUCUGGAAUUCGAACCAUGCGAUUUGGACCUAGAAGAGACCUUGCAGUAUGACUCCAAUACGCCUUUCUCCUCUAACCAAAGACCGUUAAACGGACUGGUGUCGAUGGUUAAGAAAGCCAGGACGUAUUGGAAUAGCUAG